UAAAGCAAAUAAAGGAACAAUUCACGAACAAGUGUCUAGGUAUUGUUUUCGUUUUCCUUCUGCAUGCUAACACUUUCAUUUAAUACAAUUAAACCUUUAGUACUUUAUAUUUUGCAUUAAAUCAAAUGUUAGUUGUGCCCCAUUUUUGGGGGGGUUGCCCUAUGAUUUGUAACUUAAUGUUUUAUCCAUUUAUGACCCAUAGUCAGACUUGGCGAGCUUUAGGGCUAACCUUGACGGAUACCAUUUCAUUGAUGUUGAUCAAUUUGGUGUUACUAGUGACAUCGUUCAGGACCCUGUUUCAUAUGUAUCAAGACCCGAAAUCAAUUACUUCUAUAUCAAGAGAUGGAAUGACCUUAGGUCACAUCGUUACCGAAGAGAUCAAGAAGAAGACCAUGGUCCGAACUCUGAAAAAGAUUGCCUUCCUCUUGUCCUUCCAAAUUAUGUUACCUUUUUGUUUUGCAUAUCUUUUCCUCGUGGUCAUCGAACACUUCGACACACAAUCAAAUUGGAAAUGGUUCAUAUAUGGGAUAACGACUUUCCAGUAUACAUCGGCCAUGUUCUCGACUGCCACUGUAUCGGGAUUGGUCCUCUUGUGGUACUGCACCUUUAACAUUCAAACAUUGGCCAGUGGAAUCAACAAUCUUUACUUUGGCGCAGACCCCGGCAAGAAUAAGCUAUCCUUUUUCAAGAAACCUGAAGGAACGAAGGUUGACCAGCCUCUUUGUGGAAUGCGUUUCCGCAUUCAACAACUGAUCCAAGAUGGGAAUUGUUUGGCUCAUAUGAUUGAGAACGCUAAUUCGGGAACAAUGGGUCGGUUGGCAUUUGAUGAGAGCGCAAUUGCAUUGUUUUACGGCGUGGUUGGAUUUUUCUUGUCAAUUUCUCCGUCGGACUUUCGUGACAAUUGGGUGUUGCUAAUUGGGUUCAAGUUGGCUUGCUUUUUGGUGGCCGUUUCUUCCAUGAUGCGUUUUCUGUAUUUGAGCGCCAUUGGACACAAGAUCGAGAAUAGUAUAACAGAGUUGAAGCAGAAUCUGCGUCAUUGUUUGGCUGGUUUUCAAUUGGAACUUCUGGAUGAGGAGCAGCUGCAGAUCCAACUCUUGAAGGAGAGAUUUGAUGACACAAGAGGCAUCCGGCCUCUAAAUUGCUUCGAUCUCAAUUACUCCUCGUGUUUGGUAGUUUGUGGAAAUCUUCUUACUUACUUGAUUGUUUUAUUACAGUUCACAAUAACCGAAAACACGUCUUAG